CGCUAGACUUUCUUUCAAACGAGUCCAAACGAGUUUGCCGAAAAGUAAUUAAACGAAAUUGAAGGAGCGUAAAUUGUGUGUGCUCCAAACUAAUUCAUUGCAGGUUGACGUAUUAUGAAUCAAUUCCAAUCGUCAUUUUCUUCAGAAUCUGAGAACCUGCUCCGAGUCCGGUGCUGUUCUACGGAAACCAUAUUCAGCAUCCAGGGAAAGGAAACUGAUUUUGUCUGCGACACGAGCGACACAGAGUGGACCGGCAGCGAUGGCGAGGCGGGCGUGGAGUACGAACCGGCCACGGAACCUGAAGACGACGGGCCGCUCUCGGGGGACUCCUCGGGCCACAGCGACAACGACAUUAUAGCGACGAAGGUCAUCGAAGUCUCCGUGGGUGAUGAUGGGGAGCUCCAGCUGGCGGACUCCGAGCUGACGGCGUCCAGCAGCGACAGUGAGAUGGACCUCCACGACUACUGGCUGUGCGCGCACUGUCGGGCCCAGAACAACAAUCCCAUGUACCGCUACUGCGAGAAGUGCUUCAAGGAACGUAAAAACUUCUUCCCACCGAGACCAAAACGAAAGCAUAGACGGAUACGCAGCUCGAGAAUCGAACCGGAACCCCUUCCGCGUACCCUCUCUCAGGAUUCCGGACUCGGCUCCGUGGCCAACAGCCAAGAGUUGAGCCAGAACGAUUUUGGACACAGCUCCCAGAAUUCCAUGACCGAAUUUCUAUCCAAAGCUUCCCAUACUUCAACAGGUAACACACUUAUUAAAACGCAUUUGAAACGUCGAGCGGAAUCGGGCGAUAGGUACGCUAAACGUAUUAAAACCGAUUAUUCCGAUUCCGAAAGCGCUAACGAUUCAGAUACAUUUAAUUCAAAAUGCAACGCCGAAGCUAAAUCAGCCGAAAAUUUAGUUAGGGAGAAAUCGAUGUUCAAUAACAACAUCGAUGUUAAAACGGUCAGCGAUUCGGAAGUGAACAUCAAUAAAAUAAAUAAGUCUAUUCUAAUUGAUGAUGUGCAAGUAACGCCACUCGUCAAAAUGAUCAGCGAUCCCGCUUUAACUGUUGAGAAUACGGACGUUAAAUUAACUAAAAAGGCUAUAAUUAACACUAUAAAGGAAAAGUUAGAUAUUGAAUCAAAGGAUUUGUGUAUAAUUUGUUUUAUGGAGCCCAAAUCGGGCGUAUUCGUCCACGGUCGUAUAGCGCACAUUUGUUGCUGUUAUAAGUGCGCUGUCAAAGUGUGGUCGAAAGCGAAACGUUGCCCCGUGUGCAACUGUAAAGUCAGCAACGUUUUAAAGGCUGUAGUCAUGUAAAAAGUUAAAUAAAUAUAAAAUAUUAGGGCCCUACCUAUGAAUUUGCCGUUUUGUACCUUGCUAAAAAUCCAUUUGACGUUUUACUCCUGUAUUGGGAAAUUUACGAGUCAACAUAUUUUCUAAUAAUAAUCAAAGUAAAUAUGAAAAUUUUAGUAUUAUUUUUGCUUUUGAAAACUCACUUGUUUAGUUGACCUGUUGUUUUAAUUAGGCAACUGUUUGAAUUUGAAAUAUAUUUUUGUACCAAUGCAUGAUGUGAAUGCAUAUUUUCUUAACUUUUUUAAAAAAAUAAUAUCAACCACUUUGAAUACUCACUUUGAAACACUAUAUUCUUGUUUCCCCUAUACCUGAAUGUAGAGUUAGGAGUAGAAAUGAAAACAGAUGGACGAUGUAUUUGACACUUUCGUAUUUAAGUCCACCCGCUAAUAUAUGAAAUGUAAUAGACAACAUAUGAGGCUUGAAAGGAUAUUGUUUAAUAAAUCUAUAUAAAAGGCAAUUUCAUAGGUAAUGACUUGAUAUAUUACAGAACAAGCAAGGGAUCUUGAAAUAAUAUUAAAAUUAAAAAAAAAACUUUCUUCUAAAUAGUCUCUCAAGGUAGGUAGAGGCAUUUUAAAUUAUUUUAAAUUUUACAAAUAAAAUGC